AUGUGUGCUGAACAAUCGAAUAACGAUGAACUUCCAGCUCAUAUUGAUAUCAAAUGUAAACAUCGGCCUGAUGUUGGUAGCAAUAUUCAAUACGUUAUUUUGUUAAUGCAAAUGGUUUUUAUAAAGGAAAAAUAUAUUUGA